AACAAGGGCAGCCAAAAAAAUUGCUGACUCGAGCCCGGCAUAAGUAAAAUCACAAGGAAAAACAGAACAAAAUGCCAACUGCCAGCAGCAAAAAUCAUGGACGGCAAUACGACAUUGUCGUCUUUGGUGCGACGGGCUACACCGGACUGUUCACCGUGGAGCAGAUAGCUGCUGUUUUCCCGACCGACGUCAAUUGGGCCAUUGCAGGUCGUUCGCAGGACAAGCUGCAGAAAAUAGCUUCCGACCUUAAGGUUAAGCAUCCCGACCGUCGCCAACCAGCAAUCGAGGUGUGCAACCUCAAUGAACAAGACUUAGUAACUCUCGCCAAAAAGACCUUUAUCCUCCUUGCUACCGUCGGGCCUUAUUCACUUCAUGGCGAGCAUGCAUUCAAGGCGUGCGCUGAGAAUGGCACGCAUUACCUGGAUGUCACGGGCGAGAUUCCCUGGACCUUAAGCAUGCUGAAAAAGUAUGAGGACUCGGCAAAGGCGACCGGCGCCAUCAUGAUUCCCCAGAUCGGCUUUGAGUCGGCGCCGGCGGAUCUUUUCAGCUUCACGCUGGUAAAGACCAUCCGAGAAGAACUACACGCCCCAACACGCGAUGUCCGGUUGGCAGUCGACAUGACCAAUCCUUUUCCAUCUGGCGGUACUUGGGAGUCCGUGUUCACCACUUUUGACGUGUUCCCUCUAAAGGUCCUGGGCGAGGUCAUGAAGCCUUUCGUCCUCUCUCCCGUGCCACAGCCCAGCCCGGCCAAAGACGAAGUUUCCCUCUUGACGAAGCUGACGGGCCUACGGAGCUUUCCGCACAUGGGCCUGGUGACAACCUCAUUCAUGGGCCCCGCCAACAAGCCCAUAGUCGAACGGACGUGGGGACUACAGCAGACGGAACCCGCCCUGAGGGACUACUUUUACGGGCCCAACUUCUCCUUCGACGAGUACAACAAGGCACACGGUAUGCUGCACGGCUUCGCCUUGCACUUCAUCGCCGUCAUCGGGGUUCCCCUCAUGGCUUUGCUAUGGCCCCUUCGAUCCCUCUUGCGACUCGUAGUACCCUACCAGCCUGGCCAGGGCCCGUCACGCGAGAUGAGCGCGAAGCAGAAGACUAGGUUUUGUGCCAUCGCCAGGCCGGACAUGCCGCCUGGAAGCUGCGACAAGAUGUGCUACGCAGAGGCUUGUUUCAAUGGGAGCAUGUACCACUUGACGGCGGUAUGCCUUGCCCGGGGUGCGCAAACUAUACUGGAGGAGUAUGAAACUCUCAAGCUCAAAGGCGGUGUCUACACGCCUGCCAGUCUCGGCCAGGGCUUCAUUGACCGUGUUGGAGAAGAUGGCUUGGAGAUCAGGAGCAGAAUUGUCAAAAACUAACGCAGGGGCAAUUAUUACUAAUUCUGACAUUCCCAUCUGCCUUUCUGCGAUUAGUCAAAGCUGUACAUGUAAAAUGCCCUCCAACUUGAUAAUUUGUACCUGUAGGGUUUAAUGAUUGAUUGGUGGAU